AUGGCCUACUCGGGAGGGGAGUGGGGUGGACGGCCACUGCUUUGCCUCCCUUCCCAGGUGUCACACACCGGCUUCCUGAGAUGCUUGUUGGUCCCGUUGAACCCUCUGUGGACCGGGGGUUAUCCUGUUCCCCACUGCGGAGAGCUCAAGAUGCGUGGAACUUCCAAGGCCUACCUUACAAAAUGGCAGCAGCACCGAGCCCGGUACCAACGACACAUGCCUUGUGAAGCUCCACCCACUGCAACGAAAGGCCGCAAAGCAAGUCCAGCAAGACAUGCCAGACACAGCAUGAAAACAUCGUUGUGCAGUUCUCCUGGAUCCCGCAGUACAUCGCAGCUCAGUUCUGGCUUACAACAAGCUCGGAGUGAGGAGGGCUGA